AUGCCUACAUCUUCAGAAACAACUGCACCUGUAACAACAUCAGCUAAAUACAACACAUCUACAACUGAACAAACCACCAACCAUCAGUUAAACAACUGCACCUGUAACAACAUCAGUAAAUACAAGCAUCAUCAACUACUGAAAAUUCCCACAACCUCAGUUGUGAGUACAGAGACCACACCUAUUACUUCAACAACACUGCCUACAACUUCAGAAAGUACAACAGUGGAAACCACGACUACAGCUUCAUCAACCACAUCUACAACAACAAACGAUCCAACAACAUCAACAGCUGUAACUUCUGAACCCACAACUCUAACUUCAACAACUAUGCCUACAACUUCAGAAAGUACAACAGCAGAAACCACAGCUACAGCUUCAACAACAACAUUUACAACAACAAAUGAUCCAACAACAUCAACAGCUGUAACUUCAGAAUCCACAACUCUUACUUCAACAACUAUGCCUACAUCUUCAGAAACAACUGCACCUGUAACAACAUCAGUAACUACAGCACACUCAACUACUGAAAGUCCCACAAGCACAGUUGUGAGGACUGAAACCACAACUAUUACUUCAACAACACUGCCUGUGACUUCAGAAAGAACAACAGCAGAGACCACAACUACAGCUUCAUCAACCACAUCUACAACAACAAACGAUCCAACAACAUCAACACCAGUAACUCCAGAAUCCACAACAUUUAUUUCAACAACAUUGCCUACAACUUCAGAAAGUACAAGAUCGGAACCUACGACUACAGCUUCAUCAACCACAUCUACAACAAUAAAUGAUCCAACAACAUCAGCAGCUGUAACUUCUGAACCCACAACUCUUACUUCAACAACCAUGCCUACAUCUUCAGAUACAACUGCACCUGUAACAACAUUAGUAACUACAGCUUCCACAUCUACUGAAAUUCCCACAACCACAGUCAGUAACUCCAGAAUCCACAACAUUUACUUCAACGACAUUGCCUACAACUUCAGAAAGUACAAGAGCGGAACCCAUGACUACAGCUUCAUCAACCACAUCUACAACAACAAACGAUCCAACAACAUCAAGAGCUGUAACUUCAGAAUUCACAAAUCUUACUUCAACAACUAUGGUUACAUCUUCAGAAACAACUGCACCUAUAACAACAUCAGUAACUACAGCACACUCAACUACUGA